GCUGGAGGGCUUGGCCGGGGGACGGGGCUGCUCCUGCGAGAGCUGUCGGGUUGAAUCGGACGGCCAAAACAAAAACGUAACAGGGAGCAGGAAGAAAAAAAAAAUAGGCUAAAGACGUCAAAAAAAAAAGAAAAAAGAAAGAAAAUAAAUAAGUAAAACGGGAGGUGCGGAAGCACGGAAAGGUGGUGGGGGGACAAAACAGAAACCGCAGGGGGACGCGGUGCGCAGCGCGGCGAUGGUGCACCCCGGCGGGCUGUGCCGCCUGCCGCUGCUGCUGCUGCUGCUGCUGCUGCAGGGCUCCCUCCUCCUGCUGGCCACAGCCCGGCACGGCCGCGCCGCCGCCUGCCCGCUCCGCAGAAAGCAAAAUGAGCUGAACUCCUUCCUGUGGACAAUCAAGAGAGAUCCCCCAUCUUAUUUCUUUGGCACCAUCCAUGUCCCAUACACGCGUGUCUGGGAUUUUAUCCCAGAGAACUCCAAGAAAGCCUUCCAGCAGAGCCACAUCGUGUACUUUGAGCUGGAUCUCACUGACCCCUACACCAUCUCAGCUCUCACCAGCUGCCAACUCCUGCCGCAGGGGAAGAACCUCCAAGAUGUGUUGCCCCGAGACAUCUACCGCCGGCUGAAGCGGCACCUGGAGUAUGUCAAGCUGAUGAUGCCAUCCUGGAUGACCCCAGACCAACGGGGCAAAGGGCUGUAUGCAGACUACCUCUUCAAUGCCAUUGCUGGCAACUGGGAGCAGAAGAGGCCAGUCUGGGUGAUGCUGAUGGUGAACUCCCUGACAGAGGUAGACAUCAAGUCACGAGGUGUGCCUGUUCUGGAUCUGUUCCUGGCCCAGGAAGCAGAGCGGCUGAGGAAGCAAACGGGCGCUGUGGAGAAAGUAGAAGAGCAAUGCCACCCGCUCAAUGGGCUGAACUUCUCCCAGGUGGUCUUUGCUUUGAAUCAGACUCUCUUGCAGCAGGAGAGCCUCCGAGCAGGCAGUUUCCAGAUCCCCUAUACAACAGAAGACCUUAUCAAGCAUUACAACUGUGGGGACCUCAGCUCCAUCAUCUUCAACCAUGACACUUCUCAAGUCCCAAAUUUCAUUAAUGCUACACUUCCAGCCCAUGAACGCAUUACUGCCCAAGAAAUAGACAGCUACUUCCGGCAGGAGCUCAUCUACAAACGCAAUGAGCGAAUGGGCAGGAGGGUGAAGGACCUGCUAGAAGAGCACCCAGACAAGAGUUUCUUCUUUGCAUUUGGAGCUGGUCACUUCAUGGGCAACAACACAGUGAUUGAUGUUUUAAGGAGAGAAGGGUACGAGGUAGAACACACUCCAGCUGGACAAGCCAUCAACAACCAAAAAUCUCCCAAAACCUUGUUAGCCUUUUCAUCAUCACACAGUCCCUAUGUCAUGUCCCAUGAGCUCCCAGUGCACCCCGAGGAAGAGGAGGAGGAAGAGUUCCUGCCUCACCUGCUAUUCCCUGACAGCACUGAUGUGCUCAUGAAAGUAGACAGGAAGUACAAAAAGAAGAAGAAAAAGCAGCAGAAGAAGCAAAAACUGCGACAAUUUAAUGACCUCUGGGUUCGCCUAGAAGAAAGUGCUACUGAUCCUCCUCCGCGGAUCCGCAUCAUUAAUGGCUACAUCACGGUCGAGCCCCAGCCCCGGGGCCAUGGGCGCUCCAGCCACACUCACGCAGACACCAGCAGUGCUCACCAGAUUUCCCAUUCUCUCUUCCUUCCACUACUGAGUUUGACUUUGCAUAAGAUAAUGCUUCACUGAAACACAGGAGGACCCAAGCUGCAAGACUCUUGCCUUAAAAAUCAAAAAAGAAACUUACGCAAAAAAGAAACUUAUGCAAAAAAGAAAUAGAAGACUAUGAGUGGGACACCCAUUCUUUGGGGUGUUCUUAAACUGCCUCCUUUUCCUGAGUCCGGAUCAUUAACUCUAUUAACUGGUUUGACCUUCCCAAUAGAGGAGAAGAUAUUUUAAUGAAAGUGUUAUUUAUCCUUCUCUUGCAGAAGAAUGAUUUCAUGUUAUCCCAUAAUACUUUGGGGAGAUUAUAAUGCCGCUAUAACAUAGCUGUUGUUUAGCUGUUCGAGCCAAAUUAAAGUACAUAUUUUCCACCUUCAGUGCUUUGUAAAAAGAUUUAUAUACCACUGACUUGUCUAUUAGGGCAGAAUAUUUUGAUCACAUGAGCACAGCUGGGAAAGAGAGUCGGUACUUUAUGUCUCUACUGGUAAUACUUUUAAUUGUUGCUUGCUAGGACUCCAGAUUGCAUAUAGAGGUUCGUGACAACACCUGCAGUAGAAUAAACCAGUGAACACUUGUGAACAGAAUGUGUCUGCAGUCUGUUUGAUGCUAUUUAAGAUGGGUACCCCUGAACCUCUAGUCGCCAAGAAAGACUCAUAAGUGCAAAGUAAUAUACAUUUAAGAAAAAAAACAAUUCUGUGGGAACUUCACAAAUCAUAAUGUUGGAGUCUCUCAAAAAGUUCUCAAGAGGUGAUUUUCACAAUUAAGACUAAAUUCUAGAAAAUUCUUUCAAGUUUUCUACUAAGUUCAUAGCUAAGACUUUCCAAAUUGUUUUAAGUCCUUUGCUGUCUCUGUGUUGUUGAUUAGUGAACGUAAAGAAGCUUGGAAGUGGUGAUGAAUUUUCUGUCUUUGUACAGGACAUUCUCUUGUGAUCACACUUAAUUUAUGAGCAAUAUUUCACCCCCAUCUCUUAGCAGGGUUUCAUUGCCUGGGAAGAUGUCUUAAGUUUCACCCAUGGGUGAACUUAGAGCCACUGUGUGGAGCUUAGUGACUUGGAAAGAUAGUAAUCAUCUAUCCCAGUGAGACAACAAACCUUCAGGUUUCCUUUCUCUAUGCCUUUACACAAACUUCACUGCUUUUUCCAUUGACUGUAAAAAGUAGUUCUUUUUCGUAGCUUUCUGUAGAACGUCAGAGGAGGAACAACAAAGGUUCCAGCUUUCCUAACAGGAUUUUCAUCUCUUGAUCUCAAAUUUCAGUUCAUUUCUGGAAAGGCUGAACCUGAAAAUAGCCUCUCUUUGCUGAGGAAAACAGAGAAAGGAGAGGCUAAGUGCCACAGUUAGCAGCAGCGUUGUGAGGAAUUAAAUAUAUCUGGGCUAGAGUAGAAGACAGCACCAUCUCAUUGUGUAUUCCUUCUUACACAUAGUACUGCAAGACUUGGAGUACCUGAAUGCAUUAUGUCUUCCUUAGCUUUCACAGCAGCCAGGCUGACGAUGUAUUCUCAUCAUCAGAAGAGCUGGCAAGUAAUGUCUCAACAGUUCAUCACCUAGUCAGCAGGAAUGGAAGCUGAUAAUCCAUGAAGUGUUUAGGUGUGAAGGAAUACACAAUAAAUUGCCCAGGAAUUAUGAUCUCAAUGAUGAAGUACAGUGCAGAGAUUGGUUUACAGCCUGAAAAUUGACCAAAAAACCCUUUCCAAAAUUUCAGUAGCAGCUGCUAAAAGAAGUUGAAUAUUCUUCAAAUGUCCAGUACUUUACUGAAUUUAUCUGCUUUGACUAGUCUGCUUUCUCUACUAAUGUUUUCAAGCUUUACAUGGAAUUUCUUGCACCUUAAUUUCAUUAAAACCCAAAU